UCCAUGAGUGUUGUUAUGUCUCUGAACACGUAGAGAACAGAACAGUGCGUUUAGGAGACAACCGGACAAUGAAAAAAGGAACUGAGAAUUUUUAAUUAACUGCUGUUUAAGACAACAAUAACUAUAAGUGCUGAUAUUUUAAAUCCAGCUUAUUCCGUGUACUGGUGCUGCAGCUCGUUAGCUGGGAUGCUACAUUGGCCUUGAGCGGAUUGGUAUUUGAUGAGUGGAGGCAAGCUAUCUCUCUGCCCCCUGCUAUGACGAGAAGGUCCUGUCCAUCCCUCCACAAGGCGUGAUGGCUGGUAAGGUGAAAUGGGUGACCGACAUAGAGAAGUCUGUGCUCGUCAACAACUUUGAGAAGAGGGGAUGGAUCCAAGUGACCGUCACCGAAGACUGGAACUUUUACUGGAUGAGCAUCCAAACUAUUCGCAACGUGUUCAGUGUAGACACGGGUUACCGCCUGUCAGAUGAUCAGAUGGUUAACCAUUUCCCAAACCACUAUGAGCUGACAAGAAAGGAUCUAAUGAUCAAGAACAUUAAGCGCUACAGGAAGGAGUUGGAAAAGGAGAGCAGCCCUCUUGCUGAGAAAGAUGAAAAUGGGAAAUAUCUUUACCUGGAUUUUGUGCCAGUGACGUUCAUGCUCCCAGCAGACUACAAUCUUUUUGUGGAAGAAUUCCGUAAGAGUCCAUCCAGCACAUGGAUUAUGAAGCCAUGUGGGAAAGCUCAAGGCAAAGGCAUCUUCCUUAUCAACAAACUCUCACAGAUUAAGAAGUGGUCAAGGGACAGCCGCACCUCCACGUUCAUGGUAGCUAACAGUGGCAAGGAGGCUUAUGUGAUCUCACUGUAUAUCGAUAAUCCCUUGUUGAUUGGUGGGAAAAAGUUUGAUUUGCGACUGUAUGUUUUGGUCACUACUUACCGGCCCCUGAAGUGUUACAUGUAUAAGCUUGGUUUUUGUCGGUUUUGCACAGUUAAGUACACCCCCAGUACUAGUGAACUGGACAACAUGUUUGUGCAUCUGACAAAUGUCGCAAUCCAGAAACAUGGGGAUGAUUAUAACCCUGUUCACGGAGGUAAAUGGACAGUGAAUAACUUGCGCCUGUACCUAGAGAGCACCAGAGGAAAGGAAGUCACUAACCAUCUCUUCGACCAGAUCCACUGGAUUGUGGUACAGUCCCUCAAAGCUGUGGCUCCUGUUAUGAUCAACGACAAACACUGCUUUGAGUGCUACGGCUAUGACAUCAUUAUCGAUGACAAGCUGAAGCCGUGGCUCAUUGAGGUAAAUGCCUCUCCUUCACUUACAUCCAGCACGGCAAAUGACCGCAUUCUGAAAUACAAUCUCAUGAAUGACACACUCAACAUCGUUGCCCCGAAUGGUGAGAUCCCAGACUGCCGAUGGAAUCGCAGCCCACCUAAAGAGGCUCUUGGCAAUUACCAAGUCCUGUAUGAUGAGGAACAGGCCAUGAGUGAGAAUACUGUACGUGAUCUCCGGAGUCGCUCGGGUCAGUCCCUCGGGUCAAAGAGCACAAAAUCUGCCAAUGUACGUCCAGUCACAGCCACCUGGAAGUGAGUUCACAAUCCUGACUACAGAGUUGACUUUUCAUCACCGUGAAGCAGAGAUGGAAUGUGGGAUCAUGGAAGCUUUAAAUGAGAAAUAUGAGAGAAUUUACCUGCACAUUCCUGCAUGAUUUUAAGACUUCAAGUAAAGACCAAGAGAGACAGAAGAGUCCCUUUUGUUGCAUGAGAAAUUUGGGGAUUUUUAACAAUUUCCACAAACGAAAAGAAAGUGAGAAGUAAAAAUCAAAAGUAAAAGUGAUAAAAUGCAGGAAAAUGCCCUUACUUUAAGGCACACACACUUUCACAUAAAGCUAGAAAAACUGUCAUGGAAUCAUUGUUUUUUGGUAUUUUGUAUGAAGUGUCACUUAGUCACUUUUUUAAGUCACUUAUUUAUUGGUAAUGCAAAAAUAUAUACUGAUAUUUAAAAAAAAGUGUCUUAACUAUGGUGUCUUCUUAGUAUGUAGACAGUAGAGAAACUUUGCAAAACAUGAUGUACAAUCUGACCACAUUUCUUACAUCUGGCCAGUAAUGCAACAUCCUUUAAAAAACAAAGUGCUUUGCCUGAAAAUUGUUUUUGAAGGAGGAGAUGGAAUAAACUGUUCAAAAUGGU